AUGUUCCAGACAUUUAAAGAAUGGUUCUGGUCGGAAAGAAUCUGGCUUCCUCCAACAAUAAAGUGGUCAGAUCUCGAAGACCAUGAUGGGCUCAUCUUUGUUAAAGCUUCCCAUUUGUACAUAACGAUUCCAUAUGCCCUUCUCUUGAUGAUCGUCAGAUACUUCUUUGAAAAGUUUGUUGCCACACCUCUAGCAAAUGCACUUGGCAUUCAAAAGACAGUGCAAAAAAUUAAGCCAAAUGCCAUCUUAGAGAAUUUUUUCAAGCAUUCCACAAGUCAACCAUCACGUAAUGAUGUUUAUGGACUGGCAAAGAAGUGUAACUUGACAGAGCGCCAGGUUGAGAGAUGGUUUAGGAGUCGGCGGAAUCAAGACAGGCCUUGCAGGAUGAAGAAAUUCCGGGAAUCUUGCUGGCGUUUUACAUUUUACUUCAUGAUAACUGUGGCUGGAGUUGCAUUUCUUUAUGAUAAACCAUGGGCAUAUGACCUCUGGGAGGUUUGGCAUGACUAUCCCAAGCAGCCUCUGCUGCCGUCCCAGUACUGGUACUACAUUUUGGAGAUGAGUUUUUAUUGGUCACUGCUAUUUAGCCUGGGUUCUGAUAUCAAGAGAAAGGAUUUCCUUGCUAAUGUCAUCCACCACCUGGCUGCCAUUAGUCUGAUGAGCUUCUCCUGGUGUGCUAAUUAUAUCCGCAGUGGGACCCUCGUGAUGCUUGUGCACGAUGUGUCUGACAUUUGGCUGGAGUCUGCUAAGAUGUUUUCUUAUGCUGGAUGGAAGCAGACCUGCAAUGCUCUGUUUCUUAUCUUCUCCAUUGUGUUCUUCAUCAGCCGAUUCAUUAUUUUUCCAUUCUGGAUUUUGUACUGCACCCUGAUUCUGCCUCUGUACUACCUCGAACCCUUCUUCUCAUACAUCUUCCUCAACUUCCAGCUCAUGGUCCUGCAAGGCCUUCACCUUUACUGGGGUUAUUUCAUAAUGAAGAUGCUCAAUAGAUGCAUAUUCAUGAAGAGCAUCCAGGAUGUGAGAAGUGAUGAUGAAGAAGAAGAGGAAGAGGAAGAAGAAAAUGAGGAGGGCACCAAAGACAAAGGGACAGAUUACCUGAAGAAUGGCCUUGGGACUACCAAGGAUCUCAUUCCCAAUGGUCAGCACAGCCGCUAGCUUGAAGCUCUGGACUCCCAUGGCACAGUGUGCUGCCAGGACAUUGGGUAGCUUGCUCCCCAACACAUAGAGACCCCAGUUUGCCCUUUAUUUUAUUUUAUUUUUUAGAUUGGAGUCUCCUAUGUUACCCAAGCUGGCCUCCAACUCAGUCAUCCCACCUUGUGAUAAAUGUUCAAAAAUGGAAUACCCAUGGGUUUCCCCACAGCUAGACUCAGGCUGGCCAG